UCUUCCUGGGUGAAUUCAAUGAUUCCUCCUACAUGGAGGGAAUGGGACCUUGGCAGGCACUUAGGUCCUCCUUCAUCGUGCUUCUCCGACUGGUACAAAGACCUUCAGUCUUUUGAGAAGAUCAACCACAGCUGCUAGCGAACAGGAGAAAGAGACAGAAGCCAAAAGAUCCAUCAUUUUUAGUCCUUUUCUCCUUUGGUUUAGAUUGAGUUGCCUUUCUUUGAUUUCAACGAGCUCCCUGACACCUUCACACGAGACUAACCCCCUCUUUAAAACCACCAAAUAACCUCUUAUUUCCUCAGUUUCCUCCAUUUCCUCCCUACUCCCUCCAACGUUCGUUUUUGUUCAGGACAUUUUUGGACGACCAACUUCGAAUCAAGACGACUCAACCCCGAGAGCAUCACCCACCAUUGUAUCAGAGUGCAUCUCACGGCUAGAAGACUCGACAUCAACGCACAACGACUCAGAGUGGAACAAACCAUCACCAUCUGGCACCAUCCAACCCAAUCAUCAGCUCCCUCAGACCCUUAAGAUCUAUUCACUGAAAUGGUGAAUUGGACAUCAUUCUUAUCAUGUCCAGAAGAACAAGUUAGAUCCAAGAAGACCAUCACAAGGACGGCCGCCUCUUAUCCAUGUGGCCUUUUCGCGGCCUCUUUGGGCCUCCUUCUGGCCUUGACAGCCAGUAGUGAGGCUACCAAGGAGGUAAUCACCAACCAGUUCCAUGUCUUGAUCAAAAGAUCGCCACUGGAGUCAGACACCAAGGCCUUGGCCGACAAGAUCGCGUUGGACCAUGGGUUCCACAACUUAGGUCAUGUUCUUGGUCAUCCAGAGGAGUUUCAUUUUGUCCAUCAUGCUCUUUCAAGCGCCAGAACCAAGAGAAGCAUUCAUCACAUCAGAAAGCUCAAGGCUGAUCACCGGGUUUCUCAAGCAGUCCAACAGACUGGCUUCCGGAGGGAAAAACGCUUUGGGAUUCCAAGAACAGUGGAACACCUCGAGGCCAAACGGUCCUCGCCGUGGUCCACUUUAAGAGAAGCUUUGGACAAUGACAACAUCCAAGCCGAUCCCCAUGUGGUCCAUGAUGAGAACUAUUUCAACAGGAUGCAGCUCAGUGCCAACCACAGGAACGACAAGCGUGGCUAUAAUCCCCUCAAGGUUGAGAAUUUGGUUGAUCUUCCUCCAGAGACCGACCCAACUGACCCACUCUUCCAGCAUCAGUGGUAUUUGAAAAAUACUGGGCAAAAUGGCGGCAAGCCUAAAUUGGAUCUGAACGUGGCCGCUGCUUGGGCCCAAGGAGUUACCGGAAAAAACAUCACAACUGCAAUAAUGGAUGAUGGCGUGGAUUACAUGCACCCCGACCUCAUUCACAACUACAACGCACGUGCCAGUUACGACUUCAGUAGCAACGAUCCCUUUCCGUAUCCUCGUUACACCGACGAUUGGUUCAACAGCCAUGGAACUCGAUGUGCGGGCGAAGUGUCUGGUGCCCGGGAUAAUGGCAUCUGCGGCGUGGGCGUUGCUUACGACUCAAUGGUGGCAGGCAUUCGCAUGUUGGACCAACCAUACAUGACGGAUCUGAUUGAGGCGAAUUCUAUGGGACACGAACCCAAUUUGAUUGACAUCUACUCGGCCAGUUGGGGCCCAACUGAUGAUGGAAGAACUGUGGAUGGACCUCGCAAUGCAACAAUGAGGGCCAUCGUGCGAGGCGUUAACGAGGGUCGAAAAGGUUUGGGCAACAUUUAUGUGUGGGCCAGUGGCGACGGAGGUGAAGAUGAUGACUGCAAUUGUGACGGAUACGCAGCUUCUAUGUGGACGAUUUCGAUCAAUUCCGCCAUCAACACCGGUGAAAACGCCCACUACGACGAAAGUUGCUCAUCCACCUUGGCUUCAACUUUCUCCAAUGGCGCAAAGGACCCAAAUACUGGAGUGGCCACUACAGAUCUGUACGGGAAGUGUACCAAGACCCAUUCGGGGACUUCGGCAGCUGCACCAGAGGCCGCUGGGGUGUUCGCCCUGGCCCUGGAAGCAAACCCUAAGCUGACCUGGAGAGAUAUGCAACAUCUGACAGUUCUCACAUCAAAGCGAAACUCGCUCUUUGAUGCCAAAGGUCGCUUCCAUUGGACCAUGAACGGCGUUGGCCUCGAGUUCAACCAUCUGUUUGGAUUUGGCGUCCUAGAUGCGGGAGCCAUGGUGGCCUUGGCCAAACAAUGGAAGAGUGUCCCUGCUCGGUACCACUGUGAAGCUGGUUCAGACAAAAUCCUCCGGGAGAUCCCGUCGGACAAGAGUCUGUUCUUGACGAUCGAGACCACAGCUUGCGCUGGAUCCGACACCGAGGUCAAUUACUUAGAGCACGUCCAAGCGGUGAUCACCUUGAACUCAACUCGUCGAGGAGAUGUGGAGCUUUUUCUCCGCUCUCCCAUGGGCACUAGGUCCAUGAUUCUGUCACCACGGCCCAAUGAUGACGAUUCCCAUGACGGAUUUACUAAAUGGCCAUUCAUGACAUCCCAUCCUUGGGCUGAGUACCCUAGAGGAAAAUGGUCACUCGAGGUUCGGUUCAAUGGGGAACGAGUGAAUCAUGGUUUCCUAAAGGAAUGGACCCUCAUGCUUCAUGGCACCCGCGAUGCUCCAUAUUCGGACCUCCCGGUGACAGAUCCUCAUUCCAAACUCGCCAUUGUCAAAAAGGCCCAUGAAGAUGAGAAGAAGAUGUAAAACAGUGACAGAGAGGUGGCCACAUCAGGUGUUGCACAACCAACCACUUGUGCAGAAAUGGUCCUCCAGAUCCCCAAGAAAAAGUCAUCACCGAAGCUUAACUAACACCACACCAACCGCGACGGGUUUGUUAGCCUAACCAUCAAAUGACAUCAACUUACCAGGAAACAUCAGAAAACCGUCUUGAGUAGAUUGAUUGGACUGCAAAACAUUCACACAACACGAAGAUCUCUAUCCAGUAACCACCCCAUGCUGAUGAUCCAGACCUAUGUUCCCCCCUACAAAUGGACUGAAGAGCUAAGAAGAGCAACUACUCAACUACUACAACAACAACAAAGCACACAAAAUCAGGGAGCCUGAAAUUAUUCAAUGAAAGGCAACUUUUAUUUUUAUACCAUACUUCCCAUGACGAAACCAAAGAACACCCUCUCACUUUGGAAAACCAAUUUGAACGCACAAUCGGACACUUAGCUUGAUGAACUCAGACCUUAUACUGACCCUAGGAAGACCAAUUGGCCCUGCAGAACUUCCAAGACCGUCAGCAGUAAUGCUAGGAACAAAAUUUGCUGGUUCUAUCCAAAUUCAAAAAUAUUGCCUGAAAAUUUGAAAGACGCAGUUUGGUUUGUAGCUAAGCACAAAUUUGCAAGAUUCCUUACCAGUGUCAAUGCAUUUAUAAUUUUAGUUUGCUAACAUGAAUUAUCAACUCCUUGGUUUGGGAGAACGCCACCACUGAACUCCCUAAAUCGAAAAGAAAAACCGAAACUCGUUAAUCACUUUAUGAUUUAAUCCCCACACCCCCUUUUCCAUAACUCUGCUGCAACACAUUUGUCUUCUUAAAUUAGAAGCAACAGUCUUAAAUUGUCUACGUCUCAUCUUGGUUCGAGAUGUGUCUCACAAAAAACUCGUUAAUUGAUUUCCCAAACAAAACCAGAGGGCCGUUGUAAACCAUCACACAAAGGUACCUUUAUAACAAUAUGUGACCAGGGUACUUGCAAGUGCCGCUGGUCUGCACAAAUGUCAGCCCCGCCCUCCCAAGGGCUGCACCAAAAUGUGUAUUUCUUGACUGUGAAAAACCAAGCCACCAUUCUCCCCAUACCAUCUUCCCAGAUACAACAGAGUAUUCCACUCAAGGGCCAACCACUCACUCAACAUGUCACCUUGAGGGCUAGCGCCAUUUUGCUUUAGAUGGCGCUUGGUCAUAUUGACUGCUACCAUCUGAUUCCUUGGGCCCGGAAUGGUGGGACCAUCCCUUCCGUGAGUUUGUCUCUUUCUUUGCUUGUGCGAGGAGGAAAUUCGAGUGAGCUUGUACCUCCCCCAAAGUCACUCGACUUUCAUUCUCUACUCCGGAUUCAAUCACGGGUUCCCAAGGUUUUCUCUCCCUCGGGGAGACCUCGGCCGUUUUCCUACCACGAGCGAACAAAGACACUGCCCCUCACGCAUUUUCUAUACCUACAAAAAUUUCAGCCAUCCGCCUCUAUAGAUGAAACAACCCAUAUCAUCAUAUUAAUUUUCUACUUGAUUUUGUUAACUAGUUUGUAAGGAAAACAAAUGUAUAAGUAUUUGGAGAGCUUCAACCAGUUUGACGUGAAGGUCUCUGCGGGAGUGGCUCCGCGCAGGAUCUGGCCGCUUUUCCCCGGCCUGCCCGCUUUCCAGGGUAGGCGGGGCGGGCCAUCUGGUGCAAAAUCAGCUGGCUCAGGGUGGCUUCGUGGGAGUUCAAGUUGUCUCGGCCCGAGUUCAAAUUUAUGGAUUUGGGACAAGAUGGCCUGAGCUCCCUUCAAGGACCUCCACGAGGGUGCCAGAUGAGCAUUGAGACUUCUCUGCUACACUUGGCACCCUCGACCUGUAGCUGUUUCCUCAAAGACCAACGAAAGUCUAUUUUUUGGAUCUUUUACUUUCCAUUUUCGUUCAACAGACUAACAAAAACUACUACAAUUACAUCCAGUGCUAGUGCGUGGGUAACGCGAUCCCAUCACGAACGAACAUCUUGUGAAUUGGAACGACCACUCCUUCCAAUCGUGGUACCCUCCACUUCUGCAACAACAACAACAAAACAACUAAGAAACAAAAAAUAAUUACUACUACUACCACCACCCGCUUUUCACCAUCGCGCAGGGUUAAAACUAGGGCUUAACUUCUAUCUGUAUAUGUUGCAACCCUUCGCUUAUUUUGAUGUGACAUUCGACCAUCUUCCAAAGUACGACGAACUACUACGAAAGCAACAACAACAACAACAUUAACAACAUCUGUCAUGUCCCCGCAAUUCAACUACCAUCCAACUAAAAGCAAAACCAUCUUACCAUCUGUGUCCCUCAAGCAUUCAAGUAAGCAGGGUUCUCAUAUCAUUUCCAGCAGGGCAGGGGGGUGAACUUUAUGAUCAUCCCGACCAUCAAACAUCUACUAUACAACAACAACUUAAACACACAUAAAUAUAGCCGGUGUAACAAAAUCUAUAACGUCAAAUUUCCUUUAUUCAUUACUAUCAUGAAAAAGACAUAUAUUUAAUCACAAAAUGUAACCACUCUGGAGCUGUUCUUUAACAAAAAAUACAGCCAAAAAACGAAA